CGUUGAGCGAUCAUAGGCCCAAUUGGUGAUUGCGUCAGCACUACCACGGAUACUAACUGUAACUGUAAACCACACGCACUGGAGGCACAUCGUCGAUUGAGACACGACGAUCGACGAAGCGGCGAAACGAACCUCAAGACCGAACCCGUCGAGAACGGCCGGCAGAGAAGGAUUGGAUUCGACCUACCGUUCCCGCAGCAAUUUUUUCUUCUUCCACGCUCGAGAAGGGUUUUUGCCUACCCCACUUCUCAUAUAUUUUUCGAACACACAAAAAACUCACGGCCACCAACACUCGACUUUGAUUUCGAAAUUGCAGACACCAUGACCUGUUUGGAAACAUCAGAUGACUAUGCUCCGUCGAGCACAGAAGAGACUCUCUACACGUUGGCAGCGAUGCGACAACAGGAGGAAUCCGGUUAUAUGACCUGCGAUUAUCUGCAUCAGCAGCAAUUCGAGUCUCCCGCGGUUCCGAAUGGACCGUUAGACCGCGUUGACGUCGACUGCCGCAACAAAAUGUCCGCUUGGUGCUACCAAGUCGUCGACUUUUGCAAAUUUAACCGCGAAACUGUCUCAAUCUCCAUGAGUUACUUGGAUCGCUACCUCAUGAGCCCAACGGGAGCUGCUGCUCUUGCUGACCGCAAACUAUUUCAGCUCGCUGCCAUGACUUGCCUAUACACAGCCGUCAAGAUCCACGAACCGGAAGCCAUGGACCCGAAGCUUGUCUCCAGUCUCAGUCGCGGUACUUACAACAAGGCUCAGAUCGAAGAAAUGGAAGCCUCAAUUCUGGGUGCUCUACAGUGGCGCAUGAACCCACCCACAUCGCUGGCUUUUGCACGCAUGUUUCUAGAGCUCAUUCCCGACGAUGUUCUCUGUCGGACAUACCGGGAUACCGUUUACGAUCUCAUCAAAUACCAAACAGAGCUUGCGGUUGGCGACUACAACUUUGUCACGACCAAGGCAUCAACGAUCGCGUUCUGUGCCUUGCUUAACUCUUUGGAAAGCGUGAGUCUCGACAUGAAAGUGUCGACACAGAUUUCGUUCGUGUUGAGUACAGCGAUCGACGUGGACGCGCGAGACCAGGUCUUGGUACAGGUGCAGACUUACCUGUACCAGGCCAUUUUGCAUCAUCCGUCGGCACUGAACAACUUUUCAACCCCGACAGUGUCGACGGCCAAGGCAAGCCGUAGACUGUCCGUCGAAGUUUCGCCGCAGUCCAUUUCCGCCAUUCGCUGAGAACUACGCAGUGCUUUUGGAUUAGCUGGCACCUUUCACAUAUUGUAAACUACCAGAUCUGUAACGUACUGAUAGAAAGCCUUUAUAUUCAACC